CACCAGAGGAAGAACCCAGUGGUCCAAGCCCGUCCCCACCCCAGGCAGGGCCCCUGGGGCAGCCCCCUCCAGUGUGACACCGGACUUGGGGUGGGUGGGCAUCUGGCAGCCCCCUGUCCAUCCUGCUGUCUCCCCGGCAGGCUGCAGUUCGGGGGGCUGGGGCAGCUGACGGACGGCGUGGUGGGGCUGGACGACUUCACCCAGACGAAGGAGCUGCGGGUCUGGCCGGGCUACGACUACGUGGGCUGGAGAAACGACUCCUUUCCCAAGGGCUACCUGGAGAUGGAGUUCGAGUUUGACAGCCUGCGGUCCUUCACCUACAUGAAGGUCCACUGCAAUAACAUGCACACACGGGGCGUGAGCAUCUUCCGGCAGGUGGAUUGCCGGUUCAAACGCAGCCUGCCCACUGCCUGGGAGCCGGAGUCUGUCUCCCACGUGCUCACGGUGGACGUCAAGGACCCCAGUGCCCGGUCGGUCACCGUGCCCCUGGGGGGCCACCUGGGGCGUUUCCUGCAGUGCCACUUCCACUUCUCCAGCGCUUGGAUGCUCUUCAGUGAGAUCGCCUUCCUCUCGGAUGUGGUGGAGGACGUGUCUGUCUCCGGAACAAGUCGCUGGCCCCCAAUGGCUGGUCCACGGCCCUCGGGCAGGGGUGCUGCAGCCCCCCCUGUCCUGGAAGACCCUGGUGCCACACUUCACAGAGACUCUGAGGUCACAUCCAACCUCACACUCCAGGACCUCGAGAUCCAAGGCGAGUCCAAAUCUGGCCAGCCAAUCGCCAAGGACGAUAACAGCAAUACCUCCAUUCUGAUUGGCUGCCUGGUGGCCAUUAUCCUGCUGCUAUUGGUCGUCAUCUUCCUCAUCCUUUGGCGGCAGUACUGGAAGAAGAUCCUGGGGAAAGCCCAGCGGCGAAUCUCCGACGACGACCUGACGGUGCAGUUGUCGGUCCCGGGCGACACCAUCGUGAUCAACAACACGAUGGGCUCCCAACGGCAUUCGAGCCGCUAUGAGCGCAUCCACUCGGGGGAGACAGAGUACCAGGAGCCCAGCCGCGCCCGCAUGAAGCUGCCGGAGCUGCCCCACGGUGCCGAGAACUCCGCCUGUGGCGGCGACUACAUGGAGCCCGACCCCUCGGGAGCCCCGGCCGGGGCGCAGAACAACGUCCCGCACUACGCCGAGGCUGACAUCAUCAACCUGCAGGGGGUGACGGGCGGGAACACGUACGCCGUGCCCGCCGUGGCCGUGGACGCGCUGGCCGGCAAGGACAUGGCCCUGGGGGAGUUCCCCCGGGGACGUCUCCUCUUCAAGGAGAAGCUGGGGGAGGGGCAGUUUGGAGAGGUGCAUCUCUGUGAGGUGGAAAGCCCUCAGGACCUGCCCAACUUGGAGUUCCCAUUCAACGUGCGCAAGGGGCGCCCCCUGCUGGUGGCUGUGAAAAUCCUGCGCUCCGAUGCCACUAAGAAUGCCAGGAAUGACUUCCUGAAGGAGGUGAAGAUCAUGUCGCGGCUGAGGGACCCCAACAUCGUGCGGCUGCUGGGCGUGUGUGUGCGGGACGACCCUCUGUGCAUGAUCACCGAGUACAUGGAGAACGGGGACCUCAACCAGUUCCUCAGCAGCCAUGAGCUGGAGGACAAGCUGGGGGGCAGCACCAGCGACGCCCCCACCAUCAGCUACCCCACACUGGUCCACGUGGCAGCCCAGGUCGCCUCGGGGAUGAAGUUCCUGGCCUCUCUCAACUUUGUGCACCGGGACCUGGCCACGCGCAAUUGCCUGGUGGGCGAGGGCUUCACCAUUAAGAUCGCCGAUUUCGGCAUGAGCCGCAACCUCUACUCGGGGGAUUACUACCGCAUCCAGGGGCGCGCUGUGCUGCCCAUCCGCUGGAUGGCCUGGGAGUGCAUCCUCAUGGGGAAGUUCACCACGGCCAGCGACGUCUGGGCCUUCGGGGUGACGCUCUGGGAGGUGCUGCUGCUGUCCCAGGAGCAGCCCUACAGCCAGCUCACCGACGAGCAGGUUAUCGAGAACGCCGGGCAGUUCUUCCGGGACCAGGGCGAGCAGGUAUACCUGGCCCAGCCCCCGGCCUGCCCCCUGGCUCUCUACGAGGUGAUGCUCCGCUGCUGGACCCGCGACUCCAAGGACCGUCCCUCCUUCCAGCACAUCCACCGCUUCCUGUCUGAGGAUGCCCUCAACAUGGUGUGAGCCGCCCGGAGCAGGGGGCAAGGAGACCACAUGGACCCCCGGGUGCCGGCAUCUCUUCUGCGUCUCCCCAGCUGUGGGGCCCUUGUGCCGGAGUGCCGGCGGGGACCUGGACCCGGGAACUGGAAGCUUCUUUAUGGGGGCGUCUUAAGGGGCCUCUGUCCUUGUGUCUGGAUUCUACCUCUGUCUGUCCAUCCCUGGCCGGCUCGCUCACGUCUCUCUCCAAGCAUUCCUGACCCUUUCUAUCCAUCUAUUUCUUCUUCUCUCUGUUCAUCCUUUUUCACACUCUCUCUCUCAUCCCUUCUGUAUGCCUCCGUCCCCUUCUCUCUCUUUCUCCCCAUCUAUACUUGCUUCCUCGUUACUCAUCUUUUUCCUUCCAUUCUCUCUCUUCCACUCUUCCCCUCCGCAUCCUCUGGCCGGUGUUUCUUUUCUCCCCGCUGCCGCCCGGCCAUGGGGCUGACCCCAAAGGGCUUUGGGGAUCGGGCGUCUGUAUUAGUUUAAUUUCACUUGGACUGGACUAACACUGGGGAAAAACUAGCGCCGUGGUCUCAUGGCACUAGGCUGAGCUGAACACUGGAUAUACAAGUUGCUACUGACAUGGACGGGGGGAAGGGAGGGGUGGGGUGGGGUGAAGGUACGGGAUAACAAUGAAAUAGCCUGCAGGCAACAAGACCACCUUCGGAGGAGGGAGGUGUAAGGCGGUUGGGUGGUCUGCCCUAAUCCAGCGAGAGACACUGUUCGUUCCAACGUGGCCAGAUCACCAGCCGGUGCCAGUCAACGUCCGUGCGGCUACUUCUGGGAUCCAGGCCUCGUUGUGUGUAACUUAAGUUUUCUUUCCUCCUGAGACGUGGAGCAAAGGAUUGUAGAUACCGUACUGCAGGGCCUGGGGGUAGCAAGAGGUUCACCGGUGACUCGUGUUUUAGGUGCAUUAAUUCUUGUAGAGGGAAGGAAAACAGCUGGGGACACUGUAAAGGGCCUUCUCGGAAAAUCAAGUGCCUUUUGAGGUGUGAAAUCGCACAUCACUGUAACAGAGUCUUUAACUGAGCGUCUCAAAGGGGGUGAAGGUGAGGGAAGUGCUCAUGGAAACGGAUGCGCUUUUGGGCACUACAUUUCCUUAAACUUUUUUCGAAAGCCUUAGAGUCAUAUUUUUGUUUCUGAGGAGUAAAUAUUGAUAACUGUGAUAUAGAUUUAAUGAUUCGGAUGUGUAUGUUUUUGUCUCUCUCCACCCACACACAACCCUGUCAAAUGCUUUUUAUUCAUAUUGUUCCUCCUUGCUAAUCUUGGUAGUUUCUUCUUUUUUUUUUUUUUUUUUUUUAACUAUUAUUAUUUGGAAAUGGGAUUUGUACAUAUUUGGCGAGUAGAGAAAAAAAGAUUUUUACACUAAUAUAUAGAUUUUUGUUGGUUUUUAGUUGUUUCUUUUCAUGUGGUGAAUAAAAGCUUUGCAUUUUCUACACA